CUAGGAGACUCUUAGACGUCUCAACGCUACUUAUUCAGGAUGGAUGACAAACUAAUGAGGAGUGUGAAAUUAAAUGUCAUGUUUUAUAUUGGACUUUUUACAUUGUUCUCAACUGUAUUCUCGUUAGAAUCUUCUGUUCCUGUAAAAAAUAUAUUGCCUAGGGAUGUAAAAUUGCCAAAUAUAAAGCCUCGCUUCAAAGCAUCUACAACUCAGACACCAAGGAUUAAAUUAGCGGAGACUCCGGAAUGUACAGACGAUAUUAGACGAAUUUGUCCCGCUAGUAUUUUAAAUAAUAAUUUUGCUGUUCUUGAUUGUUUGCAGAAUGAUAAGAGGAGAGAAGAUGCAGAGCUAACACCUCAGUGUCACCAUCUCAUAUGGAAUUUCAAGAGAAAUUUGACUAUUGAUAACAGGUUUGUCACUACAGCAAAACACAUGUGUCGGAAAUUUUUAGAAAGUCAAAAGGAAUGUAUACCAUCAGAAGAUAAACGAGGCCAUUUGUUAUCAUGCCUGAUGGAGUUUGCUGAAAAUGCUACAGAACCAGAAUGUCGGUCAUUCCUGAAGAAAAUGGAAGCAAUAAUAUUCAGUGAUUAUCGCCUGAUUUACAAAUUCACUGAAGAAUGUGGUUCUGACAUUGAUCAGUUUCAGUGUGGUCGUCUUGAUAUGGAUUCUGAGGAUCCUCAUUCUCAGGGAGCAACAAUCGAGUGUUUGUCAAAACAAACGGAGAAGUUAACACCACAGUGUAGACAUGAGAUACUACGUAUAGCAGAACUGCAGGGUGAUGAUUUUCACUUAGAUCGGCCACUGUUUUUUGCUUGCCGGGAAGAUCGAGAGAGAUUCUGUGAAAAAGUUGAAGCCGGUGAAGGAAGGGUAUAUCGUUGUUUGAUGAGACAUAAGAUGGAAAGAGAUAUGAGUCAAGAGUGUCGAGAAAAGUUAUUUCAAAGAGAGCGACUUGUUGUACAUGACUACAAAGUGAAUCGUGGGCUGGCAAAAGCAUGCAGAGAAAAUAUAAAGAUCUAUCAUUGUAGGGAUGAAACUUCUGAUAGAAGAGAAAUAAGACUUGCUCAGAUAUUACUGUGUCUUGAAAAUGCAUUGCAUAAAGGCUACCCAGUUGCUGGGGAAUGUCAAGCAGAAAUGUUAGAACACCGCCAGACACUAAUGGAAAAUUAUCAGCUGACACCUGAAUUAGCUGCAGCUUGUGAAAAGGACGUGCAACACUUUUGUGGGAGGAGAUUAGAACUUGGAGGCAAAACUCUCCAUUGUCUCAUGGACCAUGCAAAGCCAUCACGGCUAGACGGAGGCCGCAUUAGUGACACUUGUCGUAGAGAACUUGAAAACUUGCUUAAACAAAGUGAUGUCGGAGAAGAUUGGCGAGUUGACCCAGUUUUACAAGAGGCUUGUCAAUCUGUUGUGGAUGCUGUUUGUUCUCAAGAAAAGCCUGGUGAAGGAAGGGUUAUGUCAUGCCUAAUGAAAAACUUUGACUCUCAGCAUAUGAAUGAAGAUUGUAAGGAAAAAUUGCUCCAAAUUCAGUACUUUGUUGCACGAGAUUUUAAACUAGAUCCUGUUUUAUACAAGAGGUGUCGUAAAGAAGCAGAAAAAUACUGUCAUGCAAAAAAAGAAUGGUAUGAUAAACCAUCAAGGAUGGAUCCUGAAAGGGGGCCUAUAGUUUUACCUUGCCUAUAUCGUUAUGCUUAUCAUCCAGAUAAAAAUGUUCAGUUAUCUAGAGAGUGCCUAUAUGAGGUUCGCCGGGUGAUGCGUCAGCGGGCUGUCAGUGUUGAUUUAUUACCUGAAGUUGAAGAACCUUGCUUAUAUGAUCUUACGAAAGUCUGCAAUGAAAAUGUUGAAAAAGGAGAAGAAAUGCUUUGCCUUCAGAAGAAUUUAAAAGAUUUGUCACCUGAAUGUCAGAAAGUUGUUUCAAAUUACACUGAAGAAGAAUCUGAACACCUAGAGCUGAAUUAUCCUCUGUUUUUUUCAUGCAGUAGUAUAUUACAUAAGCACUGCAAUGAUUUGCUUGCUAAAGAUGUAGAUCAAGGUGACUUGAUACAAUGUUUAAUUCUUCAUAAAAAUGAACCAGAAAUGAAAAUGAAUCUUAAAUGUAGAAUAUCUGUGGAACACUUUCAACUACUUUCUUUAAAGAAUUAUAGGUUUAGCUACAAAUUUAAAGAAGCAUGCAAAAAGGAUGUGCUCCAUUUGUGCAAAAGUGUUAAGACAAAACCUGAAGUGAUAAGCUGUUUAAGUGGCUAUGUAACUAAUGAUACGAUUUUUGAAAAACCACAUCGUGUUUCAAGAGAUUGUAGACAGCAAUUAAAGUUUGAACUUUUUGAAAGGGAUGAAAAUAUAAAACUUGAUCCAAAAUUAAAUUUAGAUUGCGCUGAAGACCAGAAAAAAUUCUGCAGCAAUGUCAGACCUGAAGAGGCACAGAUGCUGGAAUGUUUGAAAACUCAUCAAAAGGAAUUGUCAUCAGACUGUCACAAAACAAUAUUUAACCGGGAAAAAGAAGAAAUGAUAGAUAAUUCAAUUGACUAUGCCUUAAUAUCAACUUGUAAGCCGAUGAUUAAGAAGUAUUGUGCUGAUACAGAUAUGUCUCAGAUUUUGGAUUGCCUUAAAGAGAAACGAGAUGACAAUGGCAUGGAACGUAAUUGCAGAAAAAUUAUCAUAAAAAGAAUGGUGGAGCAGAAUUCAGAUUACAGGCUGAAUCCACGACUGAAACAUGCUUGUAUUAGAGAUAUCCCAAAAUUUUGUUCCAUGGUGAUUGCAGAGAAUAAAGAUGCUGAGGAGUUUGAAGGAAAGGUAAUUGGUUGUUUGAAGCAACAAUACCGUAAGAACAAGAAGCUGUCCAGAUUGUGCGAAAAUGAAAUAGUGCAUCUAAUGCGAGACGCCGCACAAGACUAUAAUUUAGAUCCUCAACUAGCCCACGCAUGCUCUACAGAGAUACAACAAAAGUGUUCUGAGGAGCCUAAUAUAGAAGAAUGUUUGAAAAUAAAAUUUCAAAAGAAAGAACUGGAGAGUUCAGAAUGUCGAAGAGAAAUAGCUAGGCUAAUAUUUGAAGGCAAAGCUGAUAUACAAUCUGAUCCUCUUUUAUACAGACUGUGUGUCACAGAUAUAAAACAUUUUUGCAGUGAUAUACCACCUGGUCAUGGAAGACAGUUGUCUUGCUUAUUAACAAUUCUGGAAGGUGAUUCACGUACUGGUUCUUUAUCAGAGGAAUGUAAAACUAUGCUUUCAAAGAGAGUAGAAAUGUUUGAAUAUGCAGCACAGGUUGCUCCUGCUGAAACUGUGGAAGAACUUAUAAGGCAAGUAGCAAGUUCACCAUCUAGAAAUUACUUCAUUGUUGUUACUCUGGGAUGUCUCACAGGCAUCUUUAUUGGUGGUCUGUUUUGUGGAAGAGUGACAAAAAGAGUGCCCAUGUCUAUGAAAAACAAGUGAAAACUUUAGUAUGUUUUUAAAGGACACCUUUCCAAGCUGUACUGUACAGGUAUAACACAAGGAAGUGCUAGUGAAAAAGACUGCAUCAUAAUUCCUCUCCUUAUCCCCAUUGAAUUGUAAUUCAAUGAACAAAAAUAUUAUUAUUUUUUUUUAAUGCAACAUAACCACUGAACUGCCAUGACAGGUUCUUGUAUAUAUACAUAUAUAUAUACAUAUAAUACUUACAUAUUUGUUGAUAUUGUGUGCCUGUGGUGAUAUAUGGUUUCAUAAAAACACUUUAACUGCAUUUCAUUCAAUUUUCUGAAUGAGGUACCAAAGAAGAAAUAUCCUUUUUUACUCAUGUUUUUAUAUUUAGGCACAAUUUAUUUUUAUGCUUAAUUUCCUGUUAUAAAAUCAAAUACAGUCUGCUAAUUUGUUGUUUCUUGUACAGAUAAUCAUUUAUGAAGUAAUUUUUCUUCAACGUGGGUUUCUUUUUGCCCCAACAUUAUUAAAUAAGUUUGUUAUUUUGUAUCUGAUAUUUAUGUUCCUAUUAAAAAACUUAAAAAAAAUUACUUUGUCAAAAAUUAUUAGUCAUCAUCUUCGAUUUGGAUUUAAAUUUCUUUGCUGUAUAUUCUGAUGUGCAUAAUUUGUAACAGGACUUUUUAUCACUAGUGUUCUCUUAGCAGCAGUAAACAAGACAAAGAAUUUAAAUUGGAUAUAACAAUGAAAACGUGAUUAAAUAAAAAAUUUCAUGUCCUAAGUUCAGUGGAGUAUGGAAAUUCAUGAAAUGUAGUAUUUUUUUUAGUAGUUACCGAAAACCAUUGCCUCUCAAUGCCUAAUAUUAAAAAAGCUAAUUCAUGCUAUUUUUUCAUUAACUUCUAUGUUUGAAACCAAAGUACUGGCUUCUGAAAAUUUAUAGUAUAUUAUAUCCUGUUCAUAUACAUUUUCUAAACAAGGUUACGAUUUCACUUAAAUUUUUUUAAUCGUUGCUUCUAUGCUGUAAAAUAUCAUAAAUCAUUUUGUGUUUUCUUCGUAUGUCUAAGAAUCAUUUUUAAAAUGCACUCAGGCCAAAGAUUCAUUAGUAUAAUCUUAUCCAAAUGAAAUUUGGCAGAUUUUUUUUAUAUAUUUAUUUUGUAACUUCUGGUAGCCCCUAUCUGUUAAGCUAGCAAAAUUUAUUAUUAUUUUGCUAUUAAACAAACUAUUUUUUUGGAGAUUUGUUUUGAAAAUUAAUUUUACAAAGUAUUCAGAAUUUACUAAGUACAGGCAAAAGUUUUUUCAUUAUCAUUACUUCUUUCCUUUCCUCCUUUUCUUGUGUGUAUAACAAAUUAUAGGAUUUGGAAACUUCUAAAUUUUCAGUGCAGUAAAAUAAAAUUAUUAGGUAUUUUAAAAACAGUGUUUCAUGCAUAUUAUUUCUCGUUGAACUGUAUGAUUGUUGUUAUUUAUAAGACUACAAAUAUUAGAAACAAUAUAAGAAAUAUUUAAUAUAAAAAGGGGCUAUUAUACCAAUUGAAAUAUAUUUUUUUCGUAGUGCAUGUUAUGAUUUGUUACUUCUGCUGUAAAUAUUGUAAAAUGGUAGUAACUCGACAUUUCAAUGAAUACCGAAAAAAUGUCAAAGUAACAACUUUCUGUUGAUCUGUAGGUAUAUGAUUGGUGUUGCAAAAUCCAGAUAUUUAGAAUAAAAAAAAACCUUGAUUAAAUCAAUGGAGUUAAAAUUGAAAAUGAUAAUUGUAUAAGAGUAAUCCUAAAUGUUUUGACAUUAAAAAGAGUUAAAAGUUUUUGUCUGAAUUUUCAAGACAAAACAGAGAUUUGAAAAACGGGUGAGAGAGAACUGUUUUUGUGAAUUACUGUUGUACAGAAAACCUUUUUUGGGGAAAGACACAACGUGCUUAAUUAUAAUUAUCAUUAACAGCAUUAUAACUAUAGCUCAUAACAUAAUCUGAGUAACUACUAUCAGGCAUAAUAUAAGCAUGCAUUUACACAUAUGAUCAUACAUGCAUGGUCAUCUUUGAAGAAAGGACUAUCAGUGAUUUCAGUAUCAUUAUUUAAUUAUGUUCUUAGUUAUAGCAUGUCUUUCAGAGAAGAUCUUAAUGGGUGGUGUUUCAGUAUAUAUGUCAGGUGUGAUGUCUGAAGGGAAAGAAAAAAAAAUUUCUAUAGUGUGCUGCUGUUUUAUUUAGAAAAAAAUUUUUUUGGGGGGGGAGGUUAUGAUGUUUUUGAGAAGGAACAAAUACAGUCUCUUAGCAAUGUAAAAUGCUGCGCUAAUGAUGAAUUUUUGUCAUAGUUUAAAAUUUUUAAAAGUAAAAGUUAAGCAAUUACAGAGAGAAAGUUUGCUUUGCUGAAUAUUUAUUUUACUUUCUCAGUUCUUUUUGCAAUUUAUAAAGCUUGAUUUGGUUAUUUAAUACUUUUAGAAUUAAUGAACUGUAUUAAAGAGACAAAUUUUGUAUCAAUUCAUUCAUUGUAAAAUUAGCUGUUUUAAUAUAGAAGAGUUCCUUGCAAAUAUAUUUGUCAAAUAAAAUUCUUAAUCUCUGAAUUUGUUACAUAAUGUAUUAAUCUGUUUAUUUAUUACUCUUUAUAUUUAUUAGCCUUUUAUUUGCAACUCUUUAAAUAAUGUUUACUUGCCUGAUGAUCAGAGUUUCUGAACUUUUUCCUUUUAUGAAGAAUAAUUCUCGUAAUUCAUAUAGAUGUCAAAUUUUGAGAGAUUCAAGAUCACAAGUAUGUAAGAUCAUUUUAUGUUGAAGUUAGUAGGAUAAGUUACCACACAAUUAUUUUUUAGCCAAAUUACUUAUAUGAUUUUAGGAACAUUUUAUUCAUUACAUUAAUAGCGUUUAUAAAAAUUAUCAGUUAGAUAUGUAAUAUUAGUAAAUUGCCAUUUUAAAAUGUUUUAUUAGCUUUACUAAGUUAUGAAUACUUCAGAAUUUUAAUAAUAUGAGUAAGUUGCGGAAUGUUUUUAACAGUUCUGCUCACUGGUGUGCAGUAUAUUGCUGAUAAUAUAUUGUGGUAUAUAAUGCAUGUAAUUAUAAGACCUGGUAUUACUCCCUGCAGCAUAAGAUUUUUAUCUUCCAAAUAAGAUGAACUGAAGGUAUGUUACAUGAAAUGGCUGUAAUUGUUAUUGUUAUUAUCAGCAAUUCUUAAUGCAAUGUGGCAUGUAUGUAUAUACCCCCCCCCAAAAAAAAAGUGUGAAAGCUAGACUUUGGAUGUUUCUAAAGGGGAAAAAUAUUGUUAUACAUUUCCUGAUUUGGAACAACUUUUCUGUCUGAGUUAGUAUUAAGAGAAAGAAGCAGGUUUGAUCCUUCUACCCCUCUCUUAUUCUUCCCCAAGAAAAGAUGCUGCAGAUGUUUGUCUUUCAAUUUAGUCAUUUCUCAGCAUUGAAAUCUUUCUGCAGUUAAUAUGGAAUAAUUUACAUGGUAACCCAGGAGUGGUUGACUGUUACGCACUGUGAGAACGAAAACUGCACCAAAGAACUUUUCAUCCUAAAUCUCUUUAUGUGUGAUAUCAGCUUUAUCUAUCCAUCUCCUGUUGUUUCUUUUAAGAUUCUAUAUUUACAGUCUUGGAUUUGUCACUUUUGCAAUUUUAUUUUCUUCAAGUCAGCAAAUAUUCUAGGAAAUUGCUUUAUUUUAUAUUAUGACUAUUACCGUACACUGGAAAUAAUAUUUAAAAAAAAAAUAAUAAAUAAAAUUUGAAAAAAGACAACUCUUUUUGGUCUUAAAAUUUUAUUUGAAUUAAAAUGUAAAUUUAGUACGUGAAUUGUAGGUCUGCAUGUUACAUUUCAUUUAUGUGACUAUUGUAAAUUUUGUAAUUAUUUUAAUGCUGCGCCUGAACUCUCUGUAUUUUAUAUUUUUUCAUUUUAAAUUAAGUAGUUCGGCAAUGUUGUUGGUUAUAUUUUUAUUUUAAAAUCCCAAUUUUUAUAAUAAAAUUUGAAUCAUCUCCAGUGUUCGGCUAAUAUUGAAUUUAAGAUGCAUGUACUUUAUUUUUUUCUUUGAAUAUUCUAUCUCUAUUUCAAUGUACAUAUUCUGUUAUAUUUUUUAAAGUUAGGUUCUUUUUAAUAUUUCAAUAUGGAAGGAAAAACAUGAGCAAUUGCUUUGAUAGGUUAUUGCAAGAGAAGUAAAUCUAUAUCGAAACUGAUUUAACUAUGAAUUUUUGCUACUUAUUAAUUUAACAGUAAGUAUGUACCCAUUACAAAAAUAAAUAUUUAUUUACUUCUUAGUUAUGACAUUGCUGGCCACAUUAAACAUGCAAAAUAUUUAACUUUUGUCUGUCUGAAAAUUGCUUAAAUAUGCUGGUAUCAUAUUUAAUUAUAACUGAAAUGCAUCCAUACAAUUCCUUUUGUAUGAAAUCAUAUUUUUUUGGGUUAAAAAACUAUUAAAUGUUAAAAUAUUUGGAAAUUUUUUGCAUGUUUGCUCCAAAUAUGAUUGCCAUUAUUAUUUUUAAGUUUACUAUCUAUUAUCCUUAUUUAAAAUUGUAUGUAAUGGAAAAGCAGUUACUGUUAUUUAAAAUUAUAUGGAUUAACUGAUCAUGCCAUUUUCAACUAUUGCGAAAUCAGCUUUUUAAAAUUUUACAUUUUUAAAGCUGUCUGCAUUUGUUUUAAAUAUGUAUUUUAUCUUCAUGGUUUAAAUUAAAGAUUUCAUUGCCAUGAUCUCAGUUAUAGCUGUGGAAUUGAUAACGUUAUUUUAUGUUAUUGAGUUUCGUCAUGUAAAACAUUGUCAUUUUUUGUGCCAAAAUCUCAUCUGGAUGCAACUUUGAUGAAAUUAAAGUACUUGAUUGGUUACUUAUUAGGUUGCAUGCAUCUAUUUUUAUUAAGAGUCAUUUUGAUAUUGACUUUUUAUCACAGUUUUAAAUGUUUAAAACAACUUGUAAAGUAUUUUGACAUUGGUCGUAUUUUAUGUAAUGAUAUUCAUUCUAUACUGUCUUUUAAUUUUUAAUAAUACAUAUAUUUUAAAUUGUAUAUAAUGCUGUGGAAUUUGUGAUUAAUUUAAUGUACUGAUUUGCUUAAAAUUUUGCUGCAUGUGUAAAUAUGUUUUGUCUACCAUACUUACACAUAAUGUACUCUCAAUUAUCCGGGUGCAGAUUAUCUAGUUUGCGGAGGCAGUGCCCACUCGUUCACAUUCAACACUAUGUGUGAAAGUGUGUAAAAAACAAUAGCUCCAAGUCUGAGCAUGGAGAAAUAUUCUUUUAAACAUAGAAGAAGUCGAAGCAAUAACUGAAGUUAUAUGCGAACAAACUGAAAGUGUAGAAAAUGUUGGUUGGAAAAACAUUGAGGAAUGGUUCGAUGGCAGUUUGAAUAAGUUGGGUUUUUUUAGUACUUGUAUGUUGCGAGUAUUGUUCCAGAUGUUGCAAGAACAGAAGAGGCAGAGAGUAAUGCUGAAGAGUAAUGUAUUAAGGAGAGUAAUGCUUCUUCGCCUGUAUACACAGGCAAAGAUACUGAAUACUACAUUAGUCCCAAGACAGCAAUGACUUCUGUUAAAACUAUUGGACUUUGUCUACCAAAAUGAAUUUCAUUUCAGUAUUUAAACAUUCUCAAAGUAAAAUAAAUAAUUUUUUUAAAGAAAUGAAUAUCCCCGGCAUUAGCAUUAGAAUGGAUUAUCCGUCAUUAGCAUGGAUAAUCGAGAUUACACUAUAUAUAUUUUCUUUUAUAAAUUAGAAAUUGACUAUAUAAGGAAAAAUAAUUUAUAUUUGUUUCCAAUUUUAGUAUUAUUUGGUGGCAGAUAUUCUGCGAAAUCAAGCCUUUUUUUAAUUUAGUUUAAUAGAAACAUUUUAGUGAGUUAUGAAUUUAAUGUUGCAUUUUCUUCAAUUUUUACUUUUAGCUUUUAUAAAACAUACACAGUAAAUUGCUGCUAUUGAAAAUAUCCUAAAGGUAAUAUCGGAGAAAGUCAUUCAACUCAUUUAUUACUUUUCUGAAUUCUUAAGGAAAUUUGAUAAUAACACCUUCUUUACUUUUAUUCUAUAAAAGGUAAAAUAAUCUCCGAAGUGUGUUAAUUUGUUAGUUAAUCAUAUUACUCGGUUAUCUUGAACCACUGAAUAUCAUAGGUUUUCAGAAUGAUUUUUUAUAUUGUGCUCUUCUUCUGUUUGCCUCACUCUCAAAUAUGCAGCCUACAUAUAAAAAAAAAUUAUUUAAAAAGCUAAUUAACAUAAAUAGAGAAUAGGGAAAAUUUUUAUCUUUUGUAUUAACACAUGCUUUCUUUACAAGGAAAAAAUAUUAUUAUUGUAAAUUUAUUAAAAUUAUUUUAAGACUUUCAUGUUUUUAUUAUCCCUUUCAUAUGCUUAUAUCCAUUAUGUCUUAAGAUUCAAACCAUGCCCAUGUUUUGUUUGUUUGUAAGAAGUUAACUCUUUGGUAUUGGAAUCUGCUAAAUGCAAAGAAAGUAACUAUGUUGCACACAAAGGUAUUUAUGAAACCCAUAAAUACAUUUUUGAUAUAAUGAUUUCUACUUUUCUCUCAUUUCUAUUAUUUAAACUGUCCAAUCAUUACAUCACCUUUCUCUUGGAAUUACGUUAUAUGAUUGUAAGAACUUAAAAUGUUUCUUCAUAGCCUGAUACUCGACCACUGCAGAUUUGACUUAAUGUGGCUGUCAUAUUUGUCAGUUUGAUUUUUGAUACAAUAAUAAUUCAUAAUAGAAUGAAGUUAGAAUAAAAUUUAUUUGAAAACUAUUAAACUUUUAACUUUAUAUUACCAAGUAAAUUGGAUAUUGCUUUGUGUUGAAUUUCAGAAGUAAACUCUUUUUUUGGCUUAAACAGAUAAAAUUUCAAGAAGGUAUAAAAUGUACAUAGCAAAUGAUAAAAGAUUAUAUCAAAUUUUGUUUAGUGACAAAUAUGAUAAACUUUAUCAAGUCCAGUUUUUUCUUAUAAAUUUUAUUGUAGAGAUACAUUCUAGCAAUUUAACUUCUGACGACAAAGAAUUAAUUUCUCCCAUCUACUUUUUUAAUAGUAAAUAUGUAUUAAAUUCUGGUAUAUACCAGCACAUUGGUGCUACUAUAUGAAUAAAUUACUUGCACUUAGCCAUUAAUACUGCUAAUAUUGCAAACAAAAUCAUAAAAAAUUAAUUGUAAAAGACAGUAUUGUUAAGUCAAUAUUGUGUAUGUAUAAUCUCACAUUAAAUUUAAUAACCAAAGCAUUAAUUUGAUUAUAGUAAUCCUCAAAGAUUUGUUUACGUAUAUUUGCUACAGACUACUUGUUAUAUAUAACUAAAUCUUGUUCUCACCACCACUUCGACAAAACUAAGGAAGAGGUAAAUUAUCGUCUACUAUAAUAAUCUUAUUAAGGUACUCUGCAAUCAAAGUUUUGGUUGACUGAAAAAGGGCAAGUGUUUCCUUGGAGAUUGUUCUUUAGUAUAUAGAUUUUAAUAUUUUUGAAAUUGGUAGAUUAUUUUGAAAAAUAAAGUUUAGAGAAAAUGUGUUCAGUUGUUUGCUAUAUUAAGUUCUAAAUUUGUUAUGUGUCAACAACAGAUAAAGAUUAGAAGUAAGGAAGCCACAAAAAUUUCAGAGCAUGCAUUUUUCUAAAGAAGGCAAGUAAUAAGUUAUUCAUGAAUGAUUUCUUUUCAUAGUUAUAAUGAAUAUUCAGUUUGAUGCUUGAAAAUGAAUUUGUUCAGUAAAAUUUAAAACUAAAAAAUUACUUCUACUAUAUUACAACCGUGUAAAUGUAUUUGAAAGCAGCAAAGACUGCUAUAGCUAAUUUAAAUUCUGUUGUAAUAUUUUUAGGCUGAAGUAUGCAGAUCUGGCAUUCAGUAACAAUUAUUAUAAAUAAGCUUAACUGUAUGAAUAUAGAAACAAUAACUAAAUUUUUAAAUGUAAGUUAAAUAGCACUGUAAGUCUCUUCCGUUUUUAGCUAUUUAAUUUGAUGCUCCUGCCAAAAUGAUGGCAGGUAUAUAUUAUUUAAUAUGGUAAUGUUGAAAAUUUAUUAACUGUUUAAAAAUUUUUGUGAAUGUUUUAAUAUUUUAAAUUUGUUCUGAAUGUAAUUUACUCCUGAAUAUGAAUUAAUCUUUCCUACUUUUUAUAUUUUUUGGUAGCUGUGAUACUCUUAUGUAAAAUUUUCAACUUAACAUGCAUUCUUAUUUAUUUUCAUGUGAAAUUUGUCAUUAAUCUGAAUUGUACAAUAUAGAAAUAAAUUUCUAUUAAGGUUUACUCCCCUACCCGUAAGCUUUCUGUCAAUAAAUUGUGUCAUAAUUUUGAGUUUCAAUCUGAGGAUUGGGAGCAGAAUUAUAACGCCAGAAAUUUUUAAGCAUUUAACAAGUAAAACGUUUUGUCCUUUGUUAAUCCAAAAAAUAAUAUAUUAUUUAGUAUUUUAGAUUAUAUCUUAAAAGAGGGAAGUGAUAUUGUGUGACCAUUUUUUAAUUCCUUUACAUAGUUUAUAAUUUUAAUGCACACAAUUGUUUUUAUUUUGAAAUAUUUGUUUAGAAAAAGCUAUAAUAAAGUUUUCAGUAGUUUUAAAGUAGGUUUUAGAGAAAAUUAGUGAAAAAUUAUUUUCAAAGAUAUCACAGCUCUGUGGAUAUAUGUUGAAAAUAUUUUUUAUGAAAUAUAUUGGCGAAAUAUUACUCAAGCAUUGCAGCAUUAGUGAUUUACAAAAACUCAUAUAUAGUUAUGAAUCUAAAGUUUUUAAUACUUUUCAAAGAUCUAUUCCUAAAAUUGCAAGUUUGUGCAUUAAAAAGAAAUAAAAAAUGUUUUUAAUUUGUCAAGGAAAUAUUUUCUUAAUAUUUAAUUAUUUAUAAUAAUAUGCAUAAAUAUAAAUAAUAUUACAUGGUUUGAAUAAAUUCAAAUAUACAUUUUGUUGGCUUAGUUAAAUAUAAAUUGAGCUGCUGCUUGCAUUUAAUUAGUUUAUCCUAGAUAUAUACUUACAGUACAAGGAAAGAAUAUAUAAUUUUCUCUAGCAUUUAAGUUAUCUAAAAUAGAAACUUCAUUAAAAUGUGUUAAAAUACUUAAGAUAUAAAUUUUCAUGAUUCAAAUUUAGGUGACAUUGCUCCUAAUCCUUAGUUAUAAAAAUUUUGUUAAUCAUUGUGAUUUGAGUGAAACCAGUAUUAAACCUUUCUUUUUAAUUUUGUUUAUUAAAUGUAACUGAAAAGUUAUCCUGGUUGAAUGAUACCUAUUUACAAGUAGGUGAUUCCUAUUUGUUAAUGCGUUUUUUCUUAUCUUGUAUAUUGAUCUGAGUUCUCUUCCUUUUUUGAGUUACUUUGUACAAAAUGUAUAAAACAGUAAAUCUUGAGAAAACACAGUGUGUUAAACAAAGUUUUGUCAUUUAUAAUAAAAAUAUUGAAAUUAU